GUUGAAACUCACAGAUGGCUCACGCAAGGUACUAUAAAGACGUUAUGGAACGAACUCAUGACUCAACAAGCUUUUUGUGCUCUCGACUCUUAUUGUUCUGCGCUCAGAAUAUAUCUUCCAUCUAGCGCUCUUGAUUUGACACUUCGAACCUUCUUCCAAAAGUCAACAAAACAAUAAAACCACUUCCCAAAGCACUAUGUUUGCCAAGUUCACUUCCGUAUACAUCGUCGCAUGCUUUGCUGCUUUAGCAUUCGCAUCGCCUGUACCUGUUGCAGCUCCUGAAGCUGUUGCCCUUGCUAACACAGAGAUUCUUGCUCGUAAGGCUAUGCCAGUAGCAGAAGCUUUCGCUGAACGCGAGCCAACUCCUGAAGAGGAAGACGUCGAGGCCAGGAUCUGCCGCUACGGCUGCCUGUAAUCGAAUCCCUUUUCCCACAUCACUUUUCGCGCUAUUGCGAUUUAUCAGCGCUCUACUGUCCUUUCUGCCGUCGCAUGCGUCGUGCGGUCCAGCUCGACGCGGACCACCAUUGUCAUACCCAGCCACAAUUUGUCCUUAUCCGAUGACCAUUCCGGACAAUAUUUCGGAUACCAUUUUCUUACGCACGUUAUGAGUUUGUUUUGUUAAUCGGUGGGGUUCUGUAACUGUAUUACUCGUCAUAGAUGCUGUAUCGCUAUUGUUUUGCUUUCGUAUGUUUUCUCAUGCCUAUGGAAUAUCCACAUUCAAAAAACAGCUGUCGUGUAAAGUAUCUAGGUGCUUACUUCGAGCUACCGCUUACAUGGUACCAAAUAUUAUAUAUGAUGGAAAGCCUUGAUGGGUGCAGACCACAUGACAUUUAA